AUGUAGCAGUAAACAUAAUCAUAAUUUACUUAAGUUAAUUUGCAUGUCCAUGUACAUAUUGUAAGAACAAAAAAGAACAAUAAUAACCAUCUGUUCAUGAUUGUAAUUAAAUAGAAAGAGAAAAUGAAAUAUUGAAAGGUGAAAUCGCAAAGCUAUAAUCUUUUGCUAAUUCUAAAGGUACAAUAUGAAUAAUUAUAUAAUUAUAGUCCCUGAAUUCUAGUAAUUGCUUAGAGAUAAUUAAUAGAUGAAAAAAACAUUAGAUUAAAUGAAUUAAUAGAUUAAGGAAUAUGAAGAAGAAAUUUAGAGAUAAAAACAAGUUAUUGAUAGAUUAAAUUUUGAUUUAGACAAAUCAAAAAGAGACAAUGAAUAAUUAUUAUAAGCUUUGAAUGAUAUCAAAUAAAGAGGAUUAUCAUAGGAACAAUCUAUUUUAUAAGAUAAUCAAAGAAUGAAAUCUACAAUUGAUUCACUGAAUAAUGAUUUAAGAAGUUUACAAUAAGAAAUUUAUAGAUUAAAAUCAAUUAAUGAUAAAUCUAGAUAUAUCUAAGAUGAAUCAAACCGUUAUUAAUAAGAAAAUUAAGCUAAUUUAGCAAGAAUUAGAUAAUUAGAGAUGUAGAUUAGAGAUUUGAUGUCUAAAGAAGAGAGUUAUCAACUCUAAAUAACUAGAGCAACAUAAGGAACAAAUUAAGAAAAUUAAUUAUUGAAGGAUCAAAUAGCUUAAUUAAAUUAAUAAUUGCAUAUGAUGUAAAAAUAAUAUUAGAAAUAAUUGGAUGAUGUAAGAUAGGAUUAGGAUAGAAUGAUUACAGAAUAAAGAAGCACAAUUAAUAUAUAAAUAAAAGAUUAAUUAUAAAGAGAUUAAUAAAAAUGGAUGGAUGAAAGAGAGGCUUUGCUUCAUGAAAUUUAGUUAUUGAAAUAGUAAUUGGCUUAGAAUGAAUUAUAAGUUACAAGAAAAAGAUAAUUAUUGGAGGAUGAAGCUAAUAAGAAUUAAUAAUUUAUUGUAGAAUUGGAAUAGGCAAAUAGUUAACUAUAAAAUAAAUUGAGAGAUUUAUAAAUGUAAUUAUAAUAGUCAGAGAAGGAUAGAAUGAGAACUGAAUAAUAUGUGAGAAAAAUUGAUGAAUUAUAAUUGUAAGUUGAAUAAUUACAAAGACAAUUAUAUGAAUUAACUAAUAAAUAUAAUAAUUUAUUGAAUCAAUAUGAAUAGAAGAAAUAUUAGAUUGAUUAAUUAAAUGGAUAAUUGAAUGCCAAUUAGGAUAAUGAAAAGUAAAAGAUUAUGAAUUUGGAAAGAUAAAUUAGAGAAUUAUAAGAUUAAUUAGCUGAUAUGUAGAGAUUAAGAUAAUAAUUAUAAUAGAUGAAUGAAAAUUAUACUGCUUUAUAAAUUACUUUUAAGAAUUCAUAAAAAUAAUUAUCAGAAGCAGAUGAAUUGAGAUAAGAAUUAGAUGCUUUAUUAUAAGAAUUGGAAUAUUAUAAAUAAUAAGAUAUGAAAAAUAAAUAAGAUUUAGAUAAAUAUAAAUAAUAAUUAAUAAUAAUUGAGAAUAAAUAAAGUUAAUAAGCUAAUUAUGAAAUUGAAAAAUUAAGAUAAUAAAAUUAAUAAUUAAUUGAUGAAUUAAAUGAAUUAAAGAAUAGAAAUAAAUAAUUAGAAAGUAAAUUAUAAUAAUAAAUUGUUAUUAUUAAUUAAGCUUAAAAUGAUUUAUAAGCUCAUCAAGCAUUAAAUGAGAAAUAAUAAUAUGCUAUGAAUGAAAGUAAUUAAUUAAGAGCUAAGAUAAAGGAACUUUUAGAUUAAAUUCAAUAUUUAGAAAUGGAAUUAAAUAAAAAAGAUAAUCUUAUUUAAGAUUUAUAAAUAAGUUUGGAUUAAUUUGGUAAAUAGAGAGAUUCAUUUAUAUUAAUAGAAAAAGAGAAAAAAGAUUUUGAAUAUCGUAUUAUUUAAUUAGAGAAAUAAUUAUCAGAAUUAACUAUAUAUAAAACAUAAUUUUUGGAUCUUUAAAGUAAAUAUAAUAAUUUGGGUUCAGAAUAUGAAAGUUUAAGAAAAGAUUAUGAAUUAAUGAGAUAUAAAUAUGAUGAAAUUAAUAAUUAAUAUAUAUAAUCUAAAAAAUAGAUUAAUAUAUAAAUUAAUAGUGAAUUAGAAGUAUUAAAAUCAGAAAUGUAAACUUGGAUAAUCAAAUGUAAAACUUAUGAAAGUGAAAUUACUUUUUUGAGAUCUACUAUUAAUGAUUAUUAAGAUAUAGAAUAAGAAUCAGAAAUGUUGAAAUAAGAUUUAGAAACAUGGUAAAUUAAAUUUGCUGAAGCAGAUAGAGAGAGAAUUUAAUUUCGAUAAAAUAUUUAAGAAUAUGAAAAAUACAAAUUUAGAAUUAGUGAACUUGAAAGGGAAUUAUAAAAUUAUAAGUAUAAAAUAGAAAGUGCAGAAAAAGAAAGAGAUGGUACAAGAUAAUAAUUAACAAUAUUUUAAUAAUAAAGAAUUUAAUUUGAUUAAAUCAAAAAGGAAUAUGAUUCUAUUCUAUUUAAAUUUUAAGAAUUAGAAAAAGAAAAUUAAUAAUUACGUAAUGAAAUUGAAAAUCUAAGAUAAUAAUUAAAUACAUAUUAAUAAUACAAAUAAUAAUUAAUAUUAUUGGAAUAAGAGAAAUCAUAAUUAUUAUAUAAAAUUGAAGAAUUUGAUAGGGAAAGACAAUUAUUAAAAUAAUAGAUUUCAGGUACAAAUAAUAUUAAAAUGGAAUCUGAGAGUUUAAGAAGAGAAUAUGAAAUGCUUAAUAUGAAAUUGGAAUCAAGUGAUAGAGAGAUAUCUACUAUGAGGUAAUAAUUAACUAUAGCCAAUAAUUAAAAAUUAGAAUUUGAUAGAUUGAAAUCUGAAUAUUAAUAAUUAAGAAUGAGUUAUGAAGAUUCAGAAAGAGAAAAAUAAAGUAUGAAAUAAUAAUUGUAAAUGGGAAAUAAUUUAAGAAUUGAAUUAGAUUAAUUUAGAAAAGAAUAUGAUUUAAUAAGAUUAAAAUUUGAAGAAAGUGAAAAGGAAAAAAAUUAAUUAAGGAUAUAAUAUUAAAGUAGUCAAAGUAAUUUUAAUGGAUAUAAAAUUUAAAUGGAACAAUUUAGUUUACAAAUUAAUUAAUAUUAAUAAUAAGAAUUAGUAAUGAAAAGAGAAAUAGAAAUGUUAAUUUAAUAAAUUGAUGUUUUUAAAAAGGAUCAAUUAAAUAAAUAAUAAUAAAUUUAAGAAUAUUAAUUCAAAUAUUAAGAAAUUAUGAAAGAAUAUGAAAAUUUAUAAAAUAAAUAAAAAAGUAUAGAUGUAGAUGCUUUAAUGUAUGAAAUAUAUGAAUUAAAGAAGUAAUUAGCUUAAAAAGAUAAAUAAUAUGAAUAUGAGAGAUAAGAAAUUAAUGAAUAAAAAUAUUAAUUAGAAAAAAGUGUAAAGAUAAGAGUAGAAUAAGAAGUAAGAAUUUUAAAUGAAAAAUAUAAUAAUGAUUUGAAUGAAUUAAGAAGAUAAAUCUAAAUUGAAAAAUAAGAGAAAUUAAAGAUGGAAUCAGAAAUGAGAAUUAAAUAUGAAUAAUAAAUUAUGCAACUUUAAUCAUAAAUUAAACCAUCUGUAGAUGUAGAUGCUUUGAUGUAUGAGAUAUUUGAAUUGAAAAAAUAAGCAAUUACAAAAGAAUAAUUAAUAGAAUAAAUGAAAAAAGAAUAAUAUUAAUUGAGAGUCUAAAUGGAACAAAGAUUUAAUGAAUAAAAAUUACAAUUUGAAUCUGAAAUUAGAAUGAAAUUAGAAAGGGAAUUGAGAAUAUCAAUAGAAUAAGAUCUUAGAUACUAGAUUGAGAAUGAGUAUAACUUUGAAUCAAAUGUUUAAGAUUAUAUUCUAUAAAUAGAUAAAUGGAAAUCUGUUUGUCAAAUGAGAGAUGAAGAGAUAACACAUCUUAGAGGAUUGCAGUAAGCUUUAAAAGAGAAAUUAAAUUAAUACACUUCUGAAAUUGAAUCAUUAAGGACAUAAUUGGCUUUGAUGUAAGGAGAUAGAAGAACAGUAUAUUAAAUAAAAUGA